CCUCGGACACUGCACUGUCUGCAGACUGCAUGCACUGACACGGAAAGAAAUUAGCAAGCUUUUACUUUCAGCUUUUUUCUCAUCUGAAUUUCAUGAAUGUAUAUCGAAAAUGUCUGUGAAUUAUGCUGAAGGUCUUUCGCCAUAUGACCACAAAGGGAAAUGUGGUCUUCCUGAGAAAUUCGAUAAGCCAGAGGUAGUUUCAGAGAAAGUAAAGAAACUUGCAGAUUUUGUGAAGAGGAGUCAUCACAUUGUAGUACACAGUGGGGCGGGCAUCAGUACUGCAGCCGGCAUUCCAGAUUUUAGGGGACCCAAAGGGGUAUGGACAUUGGAGAAGGAGGGAAAGAAGCCAGAGGUGAAUGUGACCUUUGACACGGCCAAGCCUACACUUACCCAUAUGGCAUUAGUUGAAUUGGAGAGGAGAGGAAAACUGCAGUAUCUGAUCAGCCAGAACAUUGAUGGACUUCACUUAAGAUCUGGCUUUCCAAAAGAUCGGUUGUCUGAACUGCAUGGAAACAUGUUUGUAGAGCAAUGUCACAGGUGUCAGAGACAAAGCAUAAGAGCCAUGCCAGUUCCUACAAUGGGAUUGAAACCAACAGGGAAUCCAUGCAGUGAUAGACCAGGAAGAGGAACGUGCAGAGGAAAGCUACAUGACACUAUCCUAGACUGGGAGGAUGCUUUGCCUGAAACAGACCUUAUACAAGCUGAAGAACAUUUAAGGAAGAGUGAUUUGUCGCUAUGUCUCGGGACUUCAUUGCAGAUCAUACCCAGUGGGACAUUACCAAAACUGACCAAGAAGAAUGGAGGGUUACUGGUCAUUGUCAAUUUACAGCCAACCAAACUGGAUAAGCAAGCUGAUCUGAAGAUCAAUUACUAUGUUGAUGAUGUCAUGACACAGUUAAUGGAGCAUCUUGGUUACCAGAUUCCGGAAUACACCGGACCAAGUUUGGUCCUCACAUCCCAGCAAGGACUAUCUGUCGAUAGCAUCAAAGAAAGCAUACAUGAAGGAGACUCGAAGGAAGACUGCAAGAUUGAUAGCGAAGAUAGACAGAAGGUAGAAGUGAAAGAUGAAGUAGCAGAAGGACUGAAUGAUGGACCAAGCAACCUGAUAAAAGAUGAAUUAAAGGAGGAUGUGACAGAUAAAGUUUCAGAGGACUUUGAAGUUCCUUGUAGGGUCAAACUUGAAGCAAGGUCCAAUGAAACUCCGCAUGAAAAGACAGAACAAAAUCAUGAGAUUCUUCAAAAGAGUGCCGCUGAAGUGAUUCAAGAUGCAGCUCCAGAUUCAAAAUCAAAGGACAUCCCAAGGGGAAGUAUUAUCGGAACAUGUGAACAUGAUGAUGAAUAUGGCAUGAAGAAUAAUAAAGAGACGACAUGUGAAGUAGAUAUCAAAAGGACACCAAUGGAUGAUAAAAGUGAAGGCAUGGAGCAAGAGGUAGAAGACAACCAAAUUAAAUGUACUGGUCUGACUAAUACUGGACAAGUUGAGCCUUAUGACGGCUCUUUAGGUGUAGGAAAGACUGAGGUUGAUGAGAAUGUUGAUAAUGUAAGUACUGGAGCAUUGAAGAGGGACGUAGAAGGUAACAUCAAAGUUUCAUGACACCUAACCCUGGUCUUUUCUAUUGAGAAAUUUUGAAAUGUAUUGAUGCAAUGAUGCAACUCCUGCAAAUUUUGCAGUAACGGUUUUCAAAUUAAAUGGUUUGCGAGUAAAAUUCGUGAAGUACAUUGUUUAACCUGUUGACUUGCGAAUUGUGUCAUUCCCAUAGGCUUUGUACAGGGAUCACUCAAUUCCAGUGGGCAAUUGGUUAACCCUCAAUAUGAUGAUUUGUUUAAAAUUAAGAACAUGGGGAUAAGUGAAUGCUAGUUUGUGAUAUCCAUUCUUGCAUGGCACAUAUUUCUGUCAAGAUAUGAUACUCUAAGGGCCCGAUGCAAAAAGAAUUUUGUUUAUACACAAGUCAUAAUAUCAAGCGCAAGUCCCAAGUGUCCGCUCUUGAUUGGUUGAAAAGUAAGUUGCGUAAGAUUUUUUAGAGUUGCAUUUGAUCGCAACACUUUCUGCAACGGGCCCAGGCACUCUACAAUGAUGAUGCACUUGAGCAUUCAGGGAAUAAAUUCCAACCAGGUGACCAUUUACCUCACCUGGUGGGUGUUUCAUAAAGCUGUUCGUAAGUUAAGAGCGACUUUAAGAACGACUGGUAAUCCUUUCUUGUGGUAAAUGGCAUAUUCAUUGGCGAUGGUUUCGCACAUAAGAAAGGUUCACCAGUCGUUCUUAAAGUUGCUCUUAACUUACGAACAGCUUUAUGAAACGGCACCCUGGUCAAAUGAAUAGGUAGAUCAAUGCCUUGCUGGGUGCUGAGGUAGCAUUUUAACCAUGUGAGUUAUAGUAGGAAGACUAGUACACUGAACCUUGACAUAAAUAAGUGUGAAAUAACCAUAGAACUUUUUAGUUAAAGUUUUAUACACAUAUCUUAUCCAUUAUAAAACUGCAAAUGAACUAGACCUGUGAUUUCACCAGAAAGGAGUGUAAUAACAGGUUGAAUUAAAUUGAAAGUAGAUAUGAUGUAUAGCAGGGAGAAGAUGGUAUUCAUUCUGUCAAAUACUGAUCAUUGUACCUUUUGUUCUGACCAUUCACCUUCUAUCCGCAGCUAUAUUUAUUUAAUAUCAGUAUGACUUCUCUCUUGAUGUUAUUUUAAUCGUUGUCUAUUUGAAAUCUUCUUCAGAUGACCGGCCUUUGUAUGUCAAAUAUUUUUGAUUGCAAAAACCCCAGAGCCACGGAUUCAAAAGUGACCCUUCACCUCAUAUCUGCACCUAAAUACAUUUUUCUACUAUCAGUAUGACUUAACUCUUUAAUGAUUUUAUUUUUUAUCAUCUUGCAUUUUUGAAAUCUUCUACAAGUGAUUGGCCUUUGUACAUGUAUGUCAAAUAUUUUUGAUUGCCAAAACCCCACAGCCACGGAUUCAAAUGUGAUUAUUCACCUCCUAUCUGCACUAAAAUACAUUUAUUUGAUACCAGU